AUGGAUCGAACGGUGCUUCUAAGGUUGAGCGACUCGGGCGAGCCGCUCGUUAGUUGCGCGUACGGUAAAGGUGUGCUUACUUUACCUUCGCUUCCACUUCCAAAAGACUGGUCAUUGAAGUCGCCAUUGUUUACUGUGAGACUAUUGGUUGGGGCAGGUUCUCCAGUGGCUAGAGAUGGGCUUGUUUGGCACAAUUGUCCGCCAGAUGCUGGCACUGGCUUUGACAGAAACCGUUUUUACAAGCGUAGGAUCUCUACGAGCUUCCAUCGAGAUGACAUGAUCGAUUUACCAGUUUAUAGUCCGGGUCCAUACUGUUUCUAUCUAUCCUUCAGAAAUGAGCAUGAAGUUCUCGAGACUACACGCAAGUUUUACUUUGUGGUGCCCCCAACCUUACAAAUAAAUGGUCAUUCCAUGCAAUUAGACUCUAUUGCCUUGCAAAGUGUUAUUUCCAAGUGGAUGGGUUCCGAUUGGGAUAAGGUAUUUGCAAGAAUUGCUGCGAAGGGCUAUAAUAUGAUUCAUUUCACUCCUUUGCAAGAGCGUGGAGAGUCCAAUUCGCCUUAUUCAAUUAAAGAUCAGCUCAAAUUCGAUCCAGACUACUUCCAGGAUGAGGAGCAAGUUCAUAGAAUGGUCAGUGGGUUGCAAAAGAAGUACAACAUGCUUUCCCUAACAGAUAUUGUUUUUAAUCACACAGCAAAUAACUCACCUUGGCUCUUGGAACAUCCAGAUGCUGGUUACAGCGCCGAGACUGCUCCACAUCUGACAGCUGCUAUCGAACUGGACCGCCAAUUGCUGGAGUUCAGCAGCAAUUUGAAGAGACUUGGAUACCCCGUUGAUUUGAAAAAUACCGAUGAUCUGUUCAAGGUUAUGGAUGGUAUCAAAGUGCACGUAUUGGGCUCUCUAAAGCUGUGGGAAUUCUACGUGGUGGAUGUGCCAGGCACUGUAGACAGCGUUAAAAAGUUGUGGGAUGAUGCUAGCAGUGAAGAAAGUCCUUUAGAGGUCCCUAGCGAUAUAGUGAAAGACAAUUUCGUCCAGAUCGCGGAGUUCGUGCGCGCACAUGCUACUGCCGAAGAAUUUGGAGGACUUGCAGGACGUAAUGGUAAUCAAAUCGAUACAAAAAGAUUUAUCAAAGUUUUGAAAAACCUAUACGGUGAGUCCUUCGAGAAUGAGAUCCUUGAUCAUGCGCACAAGAUCCUAGACGAAGUGAAUUUACCGCUCUAUCAGAGUUACGACGACGAUGUGAGCGAGAUCCUCGAGCAACUAUUCAACCGUAUCAAGUAUCUAAGAAUUGACGACCAUGGGCCAAAACAGGGGCCAAUCACAGAUAAGCUGCCAUUGACAGAGCCAUAUUUCACCAGGUUUAGAGCGAAUGAUGGCCGGGAAUAUGCGCUGGCAAACAAUGGUUGGAUAUGGAACGGUAACCCUUUGGUCGAUUUUGCCUCGAAUAAGUCGAGAGCUUACUUGCGUAGAGAAGUGAUUGUAUGGGGAGACUGUGUCAAGUUGAGAUACGGUAGAGGUCCACAGGAUUCACCUUACCUAUGGGAAAGAAUAUCCAAGUAUGUGAAAAUAAAUGCUAAAAUAUUCGAUGGCUUCAGAAUCGAUAAUUGUCACUCGACGCCUUUGCAUGUGGCAGAGUAUUUUUUAGAUCUCGCAAGAAGCGUUAAUCCAAAUCUUUAUGUCGUCGCAGAACUGUUCUCCGGUUCCGAAACGAUGGAUUGCCUAUUUGUUGAAAGACUAGGUAUCUCGUCCCUAAUCAGAGAGGCCAUGCAAGCUUGGUCUGUCGAUGAGCUUAGCCGCCUUAUCCACAAGCACGGUGGUAGGCCCAUUGGUUCUUACAAAUUUCUUCCCCUUGAUAACUUCCCAUUUCCUGCGGAUCUAGAGACCAAUCAAAAUUUCCAUGAGCCACGGAGUGGCUACAUUAGUUCAGCAUCCGAAAUCCUGAUCCCCAAGAUUUUGACAGCAGCUCCUCCACAUGCUCUAUUCAUGGAUUGUACUCAUGACAACGAGACUCCUUAUCAAAAGAGAACGGUCGAGGAUACUUUACCAAACGCAGCACUAGUCGCGUUGUGCUCGAGUGCGAUUGGUUCUGUCUAUGGUUACGACGAAAUCUUCCCAGAACUACUAGAUCUGGUUCAAGAGAAGAGGGUUUAUGAUGUUAAAGAUGGUAAUGGCAUAGGCGAGGUCAAAUCAAAGUUGAACGGUAUUCGAGCGGAAAUUAGUCAAUUGGGCUCUGAUAUUGAGGAUGCAGAAAUGCACGUUCACCAUGCUGGUCAAUAUAUUACUUUCCAUCGUACAGAUGCAAAAACAGGUAGCGGUUGGUAUCUGGUUGCUAGAACGAAAUUUGAUGAAGGUGGAGAAGAACAACCUUUACCUCAACUACAACUGUCUCAGACCGCUUGCAAAUUCCAAUUUGCGUACUCUUUGAAAAAGAAUGGUGAAGUUCCCCACGAUGAAAAGCUGCUCAAAGGUAUUCCAACCAAGUUGGUCGAGAUAAAGGCUGUUCAGACUGACUUUGACAGCGCUAAGAAGAUAUCAAUCAUCACUGUAAAUGAAGCAUUUCCCCAGGGUUCGAUUGCCAUCUUCAAAACCCAGCAGUUAGGUGUUGAUGAGAGUCUGGACCAAUUUAUCAGGUCCCAGGCAUUAAAAGCCACAGCAAACGUCGACCUGGAUUCUCUGAAUUCAAUUUUGUAUCGUUCAGAACCAGAGGAAUAUGACAGCUCUGCUGGUCGUAAUGGAGCAUAUGAUAUACCGAACUAUGGCAAACUUGUCUAUUGUGGUUUGCAAGGCUGGGUGUCUGUCUUACAUCCGAUCAUUUUCUCUAAUGACUUAGCCCACCCAUUGAGCGAGAAUUUACGUAAUGGACCUUGGGCCUUCGAUUAUAUCAUCAACAGGCUGGGCUCGUAUAGAGAUGGAGCAGGUGUAACUGACGUUCAAACGUGGUUGCGUGACAGAUUUGACAGAAUCAGGGAUAUUCCGCAUUAUCUCGCUCCAAGCUACUUCGCACUGGUGAUUGGACUACUUUAUGGUUGUUGCCGAUUCCGUGCCAUGCAGUUGAUGUCUGCCAACAUAGGGAAAUCAACAUUGUUUGUUCAGAGUUUGUCAAUGACUUCUAUUCAAAUGGUGUCGCGGAUGAGAUCGACCUCUAUCCUACCGAAGGAAAACGUUCCUGCAAUGGCGGCUGGCUUACCGCAUUUCAGCACUGAUUAUAUGAGAUGUUGGGGUAGAGAUGUGUUCAUAUCGUUGAGGGGUUUGCUACUGACAACCGGAAGAUUUGAUGAAGCGAAAUCUCAUAUUCUUGCAUUUGCUAAGACUUUGAAGCAUGGUUUGAUUCCCAACUUACUCGACGCAGGAAGAAACCCAAGGUAUAACGCUCGUGAUGCUGCAUGGUUUUUCUUCCAAGCAAUCCAGGAUUAUGUCGAUAUAGUACCCAGUGGAGAGUCAAUUUUAAAGGAAAAAGUCACUAGACGUUUCCCGCUAGACGACACAUACAUAACUUUCGAUGAUCCAAAGGCUUUUAGCUACUCAAGCACGCUUGAAGAGGUGAUGUAUGAGAUACUCGUCAGACACGCCAAAGGGAUUAAGUACAGAGAGGCUAAUGCGGGGCCAAACUUGGAUAGGGUCAUGAAGGAUGAAGGUUUCAAUGUCGAAGUUCAUGUCGAUUGGUCCACCGGAUUGAUUCACGGAGGUUCGCAAUUCAAUUGCGGUACUUGGAUGGAUAAAAUGGGUGAAAGUGAAAAAGCAGGUUCUGUGGGUGUUCCUGGUACCCCAAGAGACGGCGCUGCCGUUGAAAUCAAUGGGCUAUUGAAAAGUGCUCUGAGAUUUGUCAACGAGCUUAAUGAAAAUGGGAAGUUCAAGUUCACUAAAGUUGAGAAAGAAGAUGGUACAGAGAUAAGUUUAAAGGAGUGGGAAAAGUUACUAUUGAACAAUUUUGAGAAGAAAUUCUACGUGCCAGAAGAUCCUGCUGAUGAUUGCAAGUACGACAUCGACAGCAAAAUUGUCAACCGAAGAGGUAUAUACAAGGAUUUGUACCGGUCCGGAAAACCCUAUGAGGAUUAUCAACUAAGACCCAAUUUUGCCAUUGCCAUGGCAGUAGCACCUGAACUCUUCACGCCGAAGCUAGCUGUCCACGCCAUUAACGAAGCAGAUAAGAUACUGAGAGGACCCGUCGGUAUGCGCACUUUGGAUCCAAGUGACUACAACUACCGCCCUUACUACAACAACGGCGAGGACUCCGAGGACUUUGCCACAUCUAAGGGAAGAAAUUAUCACCAAGGCCCCGAAUGGGUAUGGCUUUACGGCUAUUUUCUCAGGUCAUUCCAUCGUUUCAAUUUCCUCACAGAUCCAAGAGCCCAGAACGACGCAAAAACUGCACCAUCGUCCUACCUAUACCAGCAACUCUUCUCACGAAUGGUUAAGCACACUGAGUGGAUUGCCGAGAGUCCCUGGGCUGGUAUAACAGAGCUCACGAACAAAGAUGGCCAGUUGUGUAACGACUCGAGCCCAACCCAAGCCUGGAGUACAGGUUGUCUACUGGACCUAUUCUACGACCUCUGGAGCAAGUACGAGGAUUCAAGUGACCACUAA